AUGUUUUUCUUUCCAGACUUUCUUUCUUCGUUCCUUCACAUCCCCAAUUUGGGCGUCCUGGUUUAUCUAUCUAUCUAUCUAUCUAUCUAUCUAUCUAUCUAUCUAUCUAUCUAUCUAUCUAUUCAGCCUUUGUCUCUCUAUCUUUUCAUCCUUUGCCUAUCUAUCUAUCUAUCUAUCUAUCUAUCUAUUCAGCCUUUGCCUAUCUAUCUAUCUAUCUAUCUAUCUAUCUAUCUACUCAAUCUUUGCCUAUGUAUCUAUCUACAUUAUAUCUAUCUUAUAGUUUACCUUUUAAUAUAUAACUAUCUAUCUAUCUAUCUAUCUAUCUAUCUAUCUAUCUAUUCGGGCUUUAUCUAUCUAUCUAUCUAUCUAUCUAUCUAUCUAUCUUCCCCUGCUAGAGUUUAUCUGUUUAAUUUUUCUACGUCCAACUUUAUUUUUUUUAAUUUUAUUACGUGUUAUUUCGUUCUUUGUUUUUCUUUUAAAAUAUCCGCUAAGAUCUAUCUAUCUAUCUAUCUAUCUAUCUAUCUAUCUAUCUAUCUAUCUAUCUAUUCAGGAUUUAUCCAUCUAUCUAUCCAUCUAUCUCUCUAUAUAUCUAUCUAUGUAUUUAGGAUCUAUCUAUCUAUCCUUCUAUCUAUCUAUGUAUUCAAGAUCUAUCUAUCUAUAUACACAAUCUUUGCUUAUCUAUCUAUCUAUCUAUCUAUUCUGCCUUUACCUAUAUAUCUAUUUAUAUACUCAAUCCUUGCUUAUCUAUCUAUUUAUAUACUCAAUCCUUGCUUAUCUAUCUAUCUAUCUAUCUAUCUGCCAACCUGCUUGCCUGCCGAUAUGUUUCUUACAUUAUAUCAUUUAUAUCUAUCUAUUUUAUUUAUAUUCUUCCCAUUUUAA